ACGUCGUGACCCAGACAAAAAUGUUUCCUGUCAAAUCAAUUCGGCUUUCAAGUUUCAAUUCUGUUUUGUGACAGCCACAGCAGUCCAUAUGCUACGCAAAUUGAAUGUCAAUUAGAGGAGAUCUCUACUUUAUUUCAUGCAGUUUUAGUUGACUUGAAAUAUAAAAUUGUAAAAUGUCUACUUUUGCAAAUGUUCAGGCGGGUUCUACAAUCUACACACAAGCGUUUGCUCUAACCAAAGCGUUCCAAGAUGAUAAAUCUGAUAAGAAAGUUAACCUAAGUGUUGGUGCUUAUAGAACAGAUGAUGGAAAACCGUGGGUGUUGCCAGUUGUUCGAAAAGCCGAAAUAAUGCUGGCCAACGAUGAGACUCUCAACAAAGAGUACCUACCUGUGCUGGGUCUGGAGGACUUCACAAAUGCUUCUACCAGGAUGCUGCUGGGCAGUGCCAGUAAAGCCAUUGCCGAAGGAAAGGUAAUUAGUACUCAAACUUUGAGUGGUACUGGAGCAUUGAGGGUUGCUGCUGAAUUUCUUUCUAGACAAAUGAAUUUCAACACUUUCUAUUAUUCUGCUCAGACCUGGGAAAACCAUGGCCUCAUAUUUAUGAACGCUGGCUUCACUGAUGGAAGAACUUACAGGUACUGGGACUCUGAAAAGCGAUGCAUAGAUUUCGAGGGCUUCAAGGAGGACUUGAACAAUGCCCCUGAAAAUGCAGUCAUUAUCCUCCACGGCUGUGCCCACAACCCAACUGGCAGUGACCCAACUCACGAGCAAUGGAAAGAGUUGGCUCAAAUUAUCAAGAGUCGCAAAUUAUUCCCUCUGUUUGACUGUGCUUACCAAGGAUUCGCUUCUGGCAAUUUGGAUAAUGAUGCUUGGUCAGUUCGUUACUUUGCUGAUAAUGGUUUUGAAUUGCUGUGUUGUCAAUCGUAUGCGAAAAACUUUGGACUUUACAAUGAAAGGGUUGGAAACCUGGUGAUUAUAGUAUCAGAUCCUUCUGUGAUUGCAAAUAUCAAAUCUCAACUGUUGCUUGUGAUCAGAGCCAUGUAUUCGAAUCCACCCAGUCACGGGGCGCGCAUUGUGGCCAAAGUGCUCAACAGUCCUCAACUCUACGAGGAAUGGAAAACUUGUAUUUCAACGAUGGCAGAAAGGAUAAUCAAGAUGAGGAAACAGCUGAGAGAGAGAUUGGAAGCGUUGAAAACGCCUGGAACAUGGAGCCACAUCACAACUCAAAUUGGAAUGUUCUCAUUCACUGGUCUUACACCCAAACAAGUUGAGUAUGUGGUGAACGAGUGCCAUGUUUACAUGAUGGGCACCGGCAGAAUCAGUAUGUGCGGCAUCAAUUCAUCCAACAUCGACCAUGUCGCUCAGUCAAUCCAUGACGCUGUCGUCAAAAUACCAAAUUAAUCACAUCUUACAAUCUUUUGGUUGUCUGGCUACCUUGAACCUUCCUCAGGUCACCAUUAUAAUGUAAUCAAAUCUUCCAUUGUCACCGUUAUUGGAACUGUUAGAAAUAUCCAUCAAUGUUAUUAUUGUCCUCAAAUCAUCAAGGUAACCAAACAGUAGUUUUAAACGGCCUAAACAACAAUCACACUAACUAUAUUGCAUCACAAUAAUUUAAACAAUUAUAUUAUUUAGAUUUUAGAAAACGUGAUAUCAAUUUGCAAUAUUUUUUUAUUUAUAGAGGUUAUAAGCAAUUAUUAAAAGCAAUAAUUUUGUAAUUAAGCGUUUCGAUUAGAUUAUUCGAUAGAUUUUUCUACAGCAGCUCUCAGACAAUUUUUUGAUUAGUACAUUAUUUUUCUUUGUUGGAGUAGUCUCUAAAUAAUAUCCUUGCAUUUAUGUCUUCAGUAUUUCAUAAGUGAAAGCAUGAUAUUAUCUCUAUCUCAUACUACUGUGGAAUUAUAUAAGUGCCUUAUUUACAUCCACCCCUCAAAGGUAAUUAAAAAAAAUGUUACCAGGUCCAUUAAAAUGGAAAAUUGUUGAAAAUUAUAUCUAUAAUUUAUUCUAUUUAAAUGGAAAAAGACUUUUUAGUAUAAUCUAACAUGUUUUGAUUCACGUGUUCUAAUAUUAGAAGUCACUCUACAAUUUUAAUUUUUAGAAAAAUGCCAAGUAUUAUUGAUGAGAUUUGAAUAAAAUACAUAUUUAAAACUA